AUGGGUAAGGCAAAUGUGGUAACAGAUGCAUUAAUUCGAAAGAUUUUUGAUUCUUUACGAGCCUUGGAUGCACGUAUUUCAGUAAAGAAAGAUGGCACUUUAAAUGCUCAGCUUAAGUUAAAGCCGACGUUUUUGGAUCGGGUUAAAGAGUUGCAAAAGUUAGAUGAGAAAUGUUUGAAGAUAAUGGAACAAGUCGGAAGGAAUGAAGUCAAAGACUUUAAAAUAAGAGUGGAUGGAUGUCUAUACUAUAAGGGGAGACUUUGUAUGCCCGACGAUGAUGAAUUGAAGAGAGAUAUACUGAGAUCCAGAUCAGAUCCCUCGCAUGUUAUCACUCCUGAAGAGAUAGAAAUUCAACCAGAUUUAACAUAUGAGGAAGAACCAGUGAGGAUAUUGGCUAAGGAAAUCGAAGAAUUGCGUAGCAAGAGGAUUCCAUUUGUCAAAAUGCUUUGGCAGAAUCAUAAAGUGGAAGAGGCUACCUGUGAAAGAGAAAAGGAUAUGAAAUAG